AUGUACACAACAGAACGGCUUUACAUUUGUGACAUUUGUCAGCAGGUUUUUUCGAAAAGCUCUCAGUUAGAUGUUCAUAUGAAGACACAUGAUACUGAGAAGCAGUAUACAACAAGGUCACAUGGUACUACCUCCUCCUCCUCUUCCUCCUCCUCUUCUCAUCGACAAUACACUUCUUCUGACUCACCCUCCAACUCUACUCUUGCCACAGUUGAGCAAUUGCAAAAUGUCCAUGACCAGGAAGAAGGGUUUUCCCUUAAUGGCAUUUUUAAUCCCAUCAGUAGCAGCAAUGACGACAGUCUUGGACAGAAAUCUCCUCCAUCACCCUCAUCUUCUUCUUCGCCAUCAUCAAUUGCUACUCAGUCAGGAGGAGAUACUGAUAUAAAGUCAGGUCAGGUGGUUGAUGAUCCGUCCAGGUUUGGCUCUGACUACAAAGGUCAUACUGAUGAAGUAGAGGAAAAGCCAGAGCACAUCUGUCCAUUUUGUCAAGAGAGUUUCCAACUUGUCUCUCUGCUGCAAUACCAUGUGGAUGAAAGACAUGCCGAGAAUGAAGAGAGACAACCGGCACCCCCACCUUCACCAAAAAACAAGUCGCACAUCUGUGAAAUUUGCCACAAGCACUUUUCUGACAGUGUGUUGCUACAACGUCACAUGCAUUCCCACACUGCUGAACGUCCACACCAAUGCAAUCUCUGUCCUAAAGCAUUCCUAACCAGCACCCACCUGAAGCGACAUAUGUGGACACAUACUGACAAACGGCCAUAUGCCUGCUUUAUCUGUGGCAAGGCCUUUGUAGACAGUUCCCACCUGAAGCGCCAUGCCUGGUCCCAUAGUAACGAGAAACCUUUCAAAUGUGAAGUCUGCUCAAAACAGUUCACUGACCGAUCACACCUCAGGAGACACCUUCGUGUACACUCAAAUGAAAAGCCAUUUACCUGUGACUCCUGUUCUAAGUGUUUUGCGGACAGUUCCCACCUGAAGCGACAUGCCCAGACUCACAUGGCUAAUAAACCGUAUAAGUGUUUCUUGUGUCCCAAAUCAUUUCCAGAUAGUUCUCAUUUAAAGAGGCAUGCUCAAACACAUGCCAAACAGAAGUUGUUCUCAUGUUUUGAUUGUGGAAAGAGUUUUACUGACAAUGCACAGCUCAAAAAGCAUGUCCAGGUCCAUUCUGACCAAAAGCCAUUUAAAUGUGAAAAAUGCCCCAAGUCCUUUGUGGACAGUUCACACCUGAAACGCCAUGUUCAGACACACUCAGAUCAUAAACCUUUCAGUUGCUUUGUCUGUUGCAAGUCUUUUAGUGACAACUCUCACCUGAAGAGACACAUUCGUAUCCAUUCCAAUGAACGCCCAUUCAAAUGUUCAACCUGUGGCAAGGGUUUCACAGACAGCUCCCACUUGAAACGACAUGAUCGUACACACUCAGAUAACAAGAAGCCAUUCAGCUGUGAUAUUUGUGGCAAGUUCUUUUCAGACAUGUCGCAUGUGAAAAGACACCAGUACACACACACAAAUCACCGUCCAUACAAGUGUCCUGUGUGUGAAAAGACCUUCUCUACCUCAACCCAUCUGAAACGUCAUCAGUUCAUCCAUUCAGACAACAAGCCAUAUGUAUGUGAUGUGUGCAACAAACAGUUUACAGACAGUUCUCACUUGAAGCGGCACUCACGUACUCACACCAACGAACAACCCUAUACCUGCAACAUCUGUGAGAAGGCAUUCACAACAAGUUCUCAACUGAAGAAGCACACCCACAUCCAUACUAAUCAGAUUUUAUUCAAUAUGAGUUAUCUACUCACUAAUGACAUGGUUGGAGUUUCAUAA